CCAAUCGGGGGCGGGGCCUGCGGCUCCGCGGCAGGAGGCCAAUGAGGGGCAGUGCCUGGCAUUAUGCAACCCGCCUCCUGGCCCCGCGAAGCUUCCACUCGGCGGAGGGCUGCAACGGCGGCGGGCAGGAGGCCGGAGAGAGCUCGCGCGGCCAGGUGCUGUCUGUGAUCGAACUUCUCAACCCUCUCACCUCACUCCCCCAGCCAGGCCGCCCGGCCCCCUUGUGUGCUCGUGGUGGCCUCUCUGCCUUCCCUGUUUUCCUCCUGCCCUCCCCAUGGCCCAGACAUGAGCGGCCCCCUAGAAGGGGCUGAUGGGGGAGGGGACCCAGGGCCAGGGGAGUCCUUUUGCCCUGGAGGGGCCCCAUCCCCUGGGCCUCUACAGCACCCGUCUUGCCCUGGCCCUGGCCUGGCAGAUGACACAGAUGCCAACAGCAAUGGCUCCAGCGGCAAUGAAUCCAAUGGGCCAGAGUCCAGGGGAGCAUCUCAGCGCAGCUCCCAUAGCUCCUCUUCUGGCAAUGGCAAGGACUCCGCCCUGCUGGAGACCACUGAGAGCAGCAAGAGCACAAACUCUCAGAGUCCAUCCCCACCCAGCAGUUCCAUUGCCUACAGCCUCCUGAGUGCCAGCUCAGAGCAGGACAACCCGUCUACCAGUGGCUGCAGCAGUGAACAGUCAGCUCGGGCAAGGACCCAGAAGGAACUUAUGACGGCUCUGCGGGAGCUCAAGCUUCGGCUGCCGCCAGAGCGCCGGGGCAAGGGCCGCUCUGGGACCCUGGCCACGCUACAGUAUGCUCUGGCCUGUGUCAAGCAGGUGCAGGCCAACCAGGAAUACUACCAACAGUGGAGCCUGGAGGAGGGUGAGCCUUGUGCCAUGGAUAUGUCCGUCUACACCUUGGAGGAGCUGGAGCACGUCACGUCUGAGUACACGCUUCGCAACCAGGAUACCUUCUCCGUGGCUGUCUCCUUCCUGACAGGCCGCAUCGUCUACAUUUCUGAGCAGGCAGGCGUCCUGCUGCGCUGCAAGCGGGAUGUGUUCCGGGGCACCCGCUUCUCAGAGCUGCUGGCUCCCCAGGACGUGGGCGUCUUCUAUGGUUCCACUGCCCCCUCUCGCCUGCCCACCUGGGGUGCUGGGGCCUCAGCAGGUUCGGGCCUCAAGGACUUCACCCAGGAGAAGUCUGUCUUCUGCCGUAUCAGAGGAGGUCCUGACCGGGAUUCAGGGCCUCGGUACCAGCCAUUCCGCCUAACGCCAUAUGUGACCAAGAUCCGGGUCUCAGACGGGGCGCCUGCACAGCCAUGCUGCCUGCUCAUCGCUGAGCGCAUCCACUCGGGUUAUGAAGCUCCCCGGAUCCCCCCUGACAAAAGGAUCUUCACCACUCGGCAUACACCCAGCUGCCUCUUCCAGGAUGUGGAUGAAAGGGCUGCCCCACUGCUGGGCUACCUCCCCCAGGACCUCUUGGGAGCUCCAGUGCUCCUGUUCUUGCAUCCCGAGGACCGACCCCUCAUGCUGGCCAUCCAUAAGAAGAUCCUGCAGUUGGCUGGUCAGCCCUUCGACCACUCCCCUAUCCGUUUCUGCGCCCGCAAUGGGGAGUAUGUCACCAUGGACACCAGUUGGGCCGGCUUCGUGCACCCUUGGAGCCGUAAGGUGGCCUUUGUCUUGGGCCGCCACAAAGUACGCACGGCACCCCUGAAUGAGGAUGUGUUCACUCCCCCGGCCCCUAGCCCGGCUCUGUCUCUGGACUCUGAUAUCCAGGAGCUCUCGGAGCAGAUCCACCGGUUGCUAUUACAGCCUGUGCACAGCCCCAGUCCCAGUGGGCUCUGUGGAGUGGGCCCCAUCACUUCCCCAGGCCCUCUCCUCAGCCCUGGCUCCUCCAGUGAUAGCAACGGGGGUGAUGCCGAGGGGCCUGGGCCUCCUGCACCGGUGACCUUUCAGCAGAUCUGUAAGGAUGUGCAUCUGGUGAAGCACCAGGGCCAGCAACUUUUUAUUGAGUCCCGUGCUCGGCCUAUGCCCCGGCCCCGCCUCCCUGCUACAGGCAUGUUCAAGGCCAAGACACUUUCUGGUCAGUUCCCGGACCCAGAACUGGAGAUGGUCCCUGCUCCAGGCCCAGCCCCACUCACCUUGACCCCUGAGGAGGCUGAAAGGAAAGAAGCCUCCAGUUGUUCCUACCAGCAGAUUAACUGCCUGGACAGCAUCCUCAGGUACCUGGAGAGCUGUAACAUCCCUAGCACGACCAAGCGUAAAUGUGCCUCCUCUUCCUCCUGCACCACCUCAUCGGCCUCCGACGAUGACAAGCAGAGGACGGGUCCAGUCCCUUUGGGGACCAAGAAAGAUCCACCGGCAGUGCUGUCUGGGGAGGGGGCCAGCCUGCAGAAGGAGCCAGUGGUGGGAGGCGCCCUGAGCCCGCUCGCCCUGGCCAAUAAGGCAGAGAGCGUGGUAUCUGUCACCAGCCAGUGUAGCUUCAGCUCCACCAUCGUCCAUGUGGGAGACAAGAAGCCCCCGGAGUCGGACAUCAUCAUGAUGGAGGACCUGCCUGGCCUGGCUCCGGGCCCAGCCCCCAGCCCAGCCCCCAGCCCCACGGUAGCCCCUGACCCUGCCCCAGAUGCCUACCGCCCAGUGGGCCUGACCAAGGCCGUGCUGUCCCUGCACACACAGAAGGAGGAGCAGGCCUUCCUCAGCCGCUUCCGAGACCUUGGCCGACUGCGGGCGUUCGACAGCUCUUCCCCGGCCCCCCUGGCCCCUGGCGAGCGAGGCUGCCACCAUGGCCCUGCUCCCCCCGGUCGCCGACACCACUGCCGAUCCAAAGCCAAGCGGUCACGCCACCACCAGACCCCCCGGGCCGAAGCCCCCUGCUAUGGCUCCCACCCGCCACCUGUGUCACCCUCCGCCCCCUGGCCCCCCCCACCUGCCACUACUCCCUUCCCGGCUGUCGUCCAGCCCUACCCUCUCCCGGUGUUCUCCCCUCGGGGAGGCUCCCAGUCUCUUGCCUCUGCCCCUACAGCUGGGCCCCCUGCAGCCUUCCCUGCCCCGCUCGUGACCCCAAUGGUGGCCUUGGUGCUUCCUAACUAUCUGUUCCCUACCCCGUCUGGCUACCCCUAUGGGGUCCCCCAGACGCCUGCGGAAGGGCCUCCCACCCCUGCCUCCCACUCCCCUUCUCCGUCCCUGCCCCCACCACCCCCCAGCCCUCCCCGCCGGUCGGACUCGCCUCUGUUCAACUCGAGAUGCAGCUCCCCGCUCCAGCUAAACCUGCUGCAGCUUGAGGAGCCCCCCCGUGUUGAGGGGGGUGCCACGGCGGGGGGCCCUGGGAGUAGUGCUGGGCCCCCGCCUCCCAGUGAGGAGACUGCUGAGCCAGAGGCCAGACUGGUGGAGGUGACAGAGUCCUCCAACCAGGACGCGCUGUCCGGCUCCAGUGACCUGCUGGAGUUGCUGCUGCAGGAGGACUCUCGAUCUGGCACAGGCUCUGCUGCCUCGGGCUCCUUGGGCUCCGGCUUGGGCUCUGGGUCUGGCUUAGGCUCCCAUGAGGGAGGAAGCACCUCAGCCAGCAUCACACGCAGCAGUCAGAGCAGCCACACGAGCAAGUACUUUGGCAGCAUCGACUCUUCAGAGGCUGAAGCAGGGGCUGCUCAGGCCAGGGCUGAGCCUGGGGACCAGGUCAUAAAGUACGUGCUCCAGGAUCCCAUCUGGCUGCUCAUGGCCAACGCUGACCAGCGUGUCAUGAUGACCUACCAGGUGCCCUCCAGGGACAUGGCCACUGUGCUGAAGCAGGAUCGGGAGCGGCUGCGGGCCAUGCAGAAGCAGCAGCCUCGGUUUUCAGAGGACCAGCGCAGGGAACUGGGUGCUGUGCACUCCUGGGUCCGGAAGGGUCAGCUGCCUCGGGCCCUCGAUGUGAUGGCCUGCGUGGACUGCGGUAGUAGCACCCAAGACCCCGGCCACCCCAAUGACCCCCUCUUCUCAGAACUGGAUGGACUGGGACUGGAGCCUAUGGAGGAGGGUGGAGGCGAGGGCGGAGGCGAGGGUGGAGGUGAGGGUGGGGGUGGUGAGGGUGAGGGCGGAGAAGAGGCCCAGGCUCAAGCUGGGGCCAGAGUCUCCAGCUCUCAGGACCUGGCAAUGGAGGAGGAGGAACAAGGGGGGAGCUCAUCCAGUCCAGCCUUACCUGCCACAGAAAAUGGCACCAGUUAGACCACAUUUGGGGGCCCCCUCCGAGAGUGCAUGAGAAGCUUCCUUCUCCCAUGUUCCACCUCUCAGAACUCGGAUGUGGCUGGACCAACCAAUAGGAGACUGGCCUGGCUUCUCCCACUUAGGGGGCGGGACCCCCGCCAGCAGCCCAGGGUACAGGGGCUGCCAGGGCUUCUGAGGGGGCACAGGGUGGGAUUCAUAAACCCGGCCCAGAGAAGCCUCAUUUCCCACCUCUGGUGAAGAGCCCUUCCUUCCCCUGGGCAAGGUUGCUGACAAGCUGCUGAAGUGGUCUCUCCAAGUCCCGGCUGAGCCCAGUCCCGGCUGAGCCCAGUCCCGGUCCCUGAGGGUUGGGGCUGCACUUAUUUAUUGGGGGGAGACAGCUCUCUCUCACCUCCUCCCUGGGUGGGAGGAGGAGGGCCUGAGGCCCAAACAGGACCCAGCGGUCCAAACCCCUAGCUGCUCCAGGGUGGGGGAGGUUGGUGGACCAUGGAGUCCCUGGUGCUGCCCCUCAGGUGGGACCCAGGUGUUCUCAGCUGUACCCUCUACCGAUGGCAUUUGUGUUUUUGAUAUUGUGUCUUGUUAUUUUUUAAUACAAAGAGAGAAAAACAAACCA